UAUUAUACAUUAUGACAUUAAAACAACUGUUUUUCCUGUCAAAAAACAUGGUUUUGUGAGUGUUUUUUUAUCCUACCAAAAAUGCAUUUUGCAUUGUGAUAGAGUAAAGAUAAAAUUGCAAAACACGCACUUGAAAAGGAGUAGGAUGGUGCGGUUUUUGAUGACUCGGUGCCUUUUAACGUACUCAUUAAUAACAUGGUGUCAAAGAAAUGCUACAUAAUAACGUUGUUUGCAGAAUUUAACGUCAUUUCUGUCGUGUAGUUUCUAUGUGAAAUUUCGCGAGACUUACUUGUUAUUUAGACUUUAAUUUGAAUUAAUAUUAAAGCGCUUUUAACAACCGUUAAUUUUCUAACUUGAGAUUGUGUUUUCUUCAACAAUUUCAUCUUGAUAAUAUUGUUAGAACAGUUACAAUUGUUUGAUUAUACUCUGAAGUUACAACAGAGACAAAAACAUAUUUUAAAAUCAAAUUUUAUAUGAAGUGUGUGGCUUGUCUGACGUGAUUCGCCAUAAACGUCGUUAAUACAACGUCGACGUAACGAUCUUAAGUAUGCAGUGAACGCUGUUUGAUGAUAGAAACAAUCAUAACAUUGAUGCCGACAGUGACACGGCUCUCGCACUAUAUCACUAACUGCCAGUUAUUAUUGACAAUACUGCUUGUUUUUAUCUAAGAUGUGUUUAUGUUUUUGAUCGUCAGAUACCGAAUUUUAAUUAUUGACGUACACUUUUUCACGCAUUUAUAAAGCUAACGUUAACGCGAAGGGUACGCUAUUGAUCUUUUGGGGAUAAAAAAAAUUGAACUUUCAUGAAACGGUUCAUUUUUUUUCUGUGCAAAUAUUAAUCUACUUAAUUUGAUCUAAUCUAAUUAUAGAUUUAUUAAAAUAUCGAAUGAGACAAUUAACUAAAAUAAUGCGUCGUUUACUUUGGAUAUGUAUCUUUAUAAGUGCUGUAACAGACAUCGUGGAAGGACAGGGACGGUUAUUGUCACCUCCUGGUCGCAGCUCCCUUUGGAGGUUCGGGUUUGGAACACCAGUAAAUUAUAAUGACAAUGCGCUGUCAUGUGGUGGCAUACAGCAUAGAGCAGAAGUGAACAAAGGAAAAUGUGGUGUUUGCGGUGACCCCUGGGAGAGUAAACCACGUGACAACGAAGCAGGGGGUCAAUACGCAAUGGAGAUAAUCUCAGGGGUUUACAAAUCGGGAGCAUUGCUUGAAGCCAUUGCUGAUGUUGCAAAUGCUAAUGGCGGCUAUUUUGAAUUCCGACUUUGUGCCAAUAAUAACUUUUCAUCCCCCGUGAAGGAAGAGUGUCUUGAUAAAGGACUUUUGACAUUAGAAGAUGGUAUAACAACAAGAUAUGAAAAUAUACACACAGGAUUGAACAGGGUGAUUUUGAUGUUACCGGAAGGCUUAACAUGUGAACAGUGUGUGCUUCAGUGGAAGUAUCGAGCAGCUGAUCAAUAUGGAUGUGACAACACACACCCAGGAGUUGAAAAGAAAUGUGGCUUCGGAAUAGGUGACCUUCAAACAGAAUAUUUUGCGUGUGCUGACAUUGCCAUAUAUAAUCAUACAGGUGAAAACAUCAACUUUCCAGCACCUGACCAAUAUAGUUAUGAUGUUCAGGACCUAUCAGCACUGUCUCAGCAAAACUCAUCACCUGCCCAUACAAUAUCGAAACGUUCAGUUCACAUUCCUUAUGAAAGAAGUGCUGGAAUUCGAUACGUUCCUGCUUUCCCAAGUGGAAUGCAGCUCCAGUUUGAACAAAACUCUUUACAUAAACAACCUCCACAAUCUCAAGUUCAGUGGAGUUGGUCUUUAAAAGGUCCUGGGGCAGCGGUUGGGUCCGGACGAGCACGUAGACGCACACAUAACCAACAAUUACCAACAAAUAUAAAUGUUGCUAACCGGCAUUUAAAUGGAAUAAUUCCAACAGCACAGAACGGUGCCGGGCGAGUAAGAUCCAGUUUUAACCAACGACAAAACGGCCCUAGCCUUUUUAACGGGGCAUCAUUGAAUAAUAUAGAGAUACCUGAGCCAGCUGCUAUUGAGACAAGUCAAACACAUGUUCGAGCUAUUUUAAGGACACCGAUGUCCAUGCAAGGGAUCCCAGUUUCUUCAGUUCCUAAACCAUCAUUCUCUGUUAAAACAAUUACAAACACACAACAAACUUCUAGAGUUUUGUCUCUUCCAAAACCACAAUACAAUAGGAAAAGCCCGUUUCCAACACAAAGAAACUUUUUAGAUCCAUUUACCCAAAAGAAGGUUUCAACACAGACCCAAAUGGUAUUGUCAAGGUCAAACUACAAACCAACAAAACAGUGCCAACAUUGCCCCUUUGAUCAGUGUUUGGAUGACAAACUCAGGAUCGAUAAUUUAUUUCCCGGACUUUUUGAUAGUCCGACGCAGUUCUUCGAAUGUAAACGUUUUGAGCGUGUUUUCACUCUCGGUAACUAUGACGUAGUACAGGAGGGGUUACCAAGCUGUCAACAUCCGAGGUUUAAACGUCAACUUAAGACAUUUGAGGAUGACGAAAUAGGCUGCUGUGGAACACGACCUCAAGUAAUAUUACCAUUGACUGUUGAAGCUGAAAAUGACACAUUUAGUGUUGUACAAUUGGGAGAUGUGAAGAAACAAUUUAUUGUUCAAGGAAUAUGCGGGAAAAGCAAUACGACAUCGUGUACAGUGUGUGCGGCGGAGAACAAUUUCCAGUGGGUUUUAGUGUAUGAUCCUCGAGUCAACACCAAUCCUCCAGUGUCGUUUGUGCCAGUCAAAUUCCCUCACUACUGUAGAUGUUACAACUACAUGACACUUAAAGGAUAGCAUUUUUGUAGCUCGUCAACCGAGCUCAGAUUUUAUCCAAAUAAUGUACCAUUCUCUUUCAAAUUUGUACAAGUUUGGCGAAUAUCAAUGAAACCGAUCAAGAGCCUUUAAACAAUCUCAGUAGUCUAUAUUGUUAAGUAUAUUAAACUAUUGUAAGAUACCGGUAUAUUGAAAACAGUUUUUAAUAAAACAUUAAUUACUUUGUCAAGUAAAGGUUACUGUAACAUGUAAAAAAGUAACAUAUGACAGCUUGAUCCAAAAAGACUAUUUGUUAAUCCUUUAUUGAUAUUUUAUUUAUUCUCACGACUUAAAGAAAUUCUGGAAAAAACAAUGGUUUUUUUUCUUUCUUUUUUUUACAUGACGUGUCCUUUAGUAGUCAAUUAUUAUUGUUUUCGCUGUUUAAAUGAGUUAUUUAUUUUCUUUAAAAAAGGCUUUGUACAUUCAUGUAAUUUAUUUAUUAACUUUACUAUAUCACAACAAACCAAUAGACGCUAGUAAAGAUAAUUCUAAAUGAGAGGGUUUCGGUGUGUUCGAAAAAGAAAAUUUUAUCAUUUGAUAGUUAAAUAUUACGCUAAACUGCAAAAUUCUUUAAAGAGAGCAGUCGUUCAUGUUUAUAGUAAAUAGAGAAAGGUCUUUUUCCUUUGUACAUAUAUCAAUCGUAGAUGAAAUGUUAAAGUACAUGUACUUAUUAUAGUUUGUUAGGGGUGUAAACUUGAAUAAAUUAUAUUUAUCAUGA